GAUUGCUCACAUGUGGACAUACGAAACUUUUUUCUGAACCAAUGAAGCCUCCAUUGUAAAGUUAGAGACGUCCACUCUGAGAACCCAUGAAUAUUUACAUGCUCAUAUUUUAUUUUGGUAAUUGCCUAUAACUAGAAAUUUACUAGAUAAGUGAUACAUGAAAUUUGACUUCGGGAUGCAACAAAAAUUUUGACUUAGCCCUUCACUCGAUCAAACCUAAUCUCUUUGUACUUCUUCAUAGCCCGUGAUAUGUUUCAAAAGGUCUCUUUGUCAAUGAAUGGAACAAUCCCCCCACCCCUAAACAAAACCACCUAAGCCACAAACUUUUCAGACUCUUUCACGAGAAAUCCUACACAAGUUAGAGAAAGCAUUGGUCUCUAUUUCAUCUGCCAAACAACCACCACCUAAGAACUCUGCCUUUUCUUUUUUCUCUCUACUUCUCGUGAGUCCUCCUCCCUUUAACUCACACAAGCAUGCACGAAAAAUAUUGUGUCAGACAAAUAUUAAAAGGAAACAAGCCCAAAAACUUCAAAACUUGGCACUCUCUCUGUUAAGGCUGUAGAGGAAGAAGCAAAAUGAACACUAGACCAGGACCAAGUACUUCUCCAACUAAUUCCCUUGAGACCCAUUUUGUGAACAUUCAUGAAGCCCUACCAGAAGAUGAAGAAGAAGAAGUACUAACAAGUUCAAUGCCAGAUAAAGCCAAGAUGGUUCUAGAAAGGCCUAUAAGAUCAGCACGCGAACCAAAGAGAGCGCAUAGGAGUUUUAACAGGCAAGUCUCACUGGAGACGGGAUUUUCAGUGCUGAAUAGAGAGUCCAAGGCUAAAGAUGAGAGGAGGGUUAACCUUCCCAGAAGUGGUCGUAGUUUUGGAGGAUUUGACUCCGCCAGCAGAACUUGUGAAGCAAGGAAGGGAGACUUCAGUAUCUUCAAGACAAAAUCGACACUUAAUAAGCAGAAUUCUCUGUUGCCUGCAAGAAAGGAGAGAACAAUGGAGUCUCAGAGAACUGAUCAUGGCUCUAAUAAUGGUACUGAUGAGUCUGUCAACAAAAGUGUUCCUGCUGGAAGAUACUUUGCUGCUCUUAGAGGACCUGAACUAGAUGAAGUCAAGGACUAUGAGGACAUUCUUCUUCCAAAAGAUGAGAAAUGGCCUUUUCUCCUCCGAUUCCCAAUCGGUUGCUUUGGUAUCUGCCUCGGCCUUAGUAGCCAAGCUGUGCUAUGGAAGGCCCUGGCAACAAGCCCAGCCACCAAAUUUCUUCACGUUACCCCAAACAUCAAUCUUGCUCUAUGGCUAUUAGCCCUAGCUGUCUUAUUUUCAGUCACCUUCACCUACAUACUCAAGUGCAUAUUCUACUUUGAAGCUGUUAGAAGAGAGUACUUCCACCCUGUUCGUGUCAAUUUCUUCUUUGCUCCAUGGGUGGUAUGUAUGUUUUUAGCCAUCGGUGCACCACCUAGUCUGUGUCAUGACACCCUGCACCCUGCCAUUUGGUGUGCAUUCAUGGGACCAUAUUUCUUCCUGGAGCUAAAGAUUUAUGGUCAGUGGCUUUCUGGAGGUAAGAGGAGACUCUGUAAGGUAGCCAAUCCAUCUUCUCAUCUGUCAGUUGUUGGAAACUUUGUCGGUGCAAUUUUGGCUUCCAAGGUGGGGUGGCAGGAACCUGCUAAGUUCUUGUGGGCAAUUGGCUUCGCACAUUAUCUUGUAUUGUUUGUGACAUUGUAUCAAAGGUUACCAACAAGUGAAGCAUUGCCUAAGGAGUUACACCCUGUGUACUCUAUGUUCAUUGCAGCCCCUUCGGCAGCAAGCCUUGCUUGGAAAACAAUUUAUGGUGAGUUUGAUGGGUUGUCAAGGACAUGCUACUUCAUCGCAUUGUUUCUCUAUGUUUCCCUGGUUGUAAGGAUCAACUUCUUCACAGGGUUCAGAUUUUCAGUGGCAUGGUGGUCUUAUACCUUCCCAAUGACAACGGCAUCAGUGGCAACGAUCGUGUAUGCUGAGCAAGUCCCUUGUGUUAUGACCAAGGCCCUUGCACUUACUCUUUCAUUCACGUCAACAACAAUGGUGUGCGUCUUGUUCGUGUCCACCCUCCUUCAUGCCUUUGUUUGGCACACUUUAUUUCCUAACGAUCUUGCUAUUGCCAUAACAAAGAAAAGACUUGUCAAGGAGAGGAGACCCUUCAAAAAAGCCUACGAUUUAAAGCGCUGGACAAAGCAAGCUCUAACCAAGCACAAUUCAGUAAACAAGGAUUUUGAUGGAGAGAAUGAAGUGCGCGACUAAUUCGAUGCUAGCAGAAGAUACAAUUUAACUUUAUAUGGCAGACACAUGAUAAGUUAUCUAAUAUCUAUCUGAUGGAAGUAAUUUUAAGCAUAGAGACACGGGAUUCUUAUGCAUUGCAGAUGAUCAAUGUAAAUGUAAAUGAAGGAUGCAGUAGAUUUUCUAUGUAAAUGGCAUAUAGAUGAGCGAGUAAAGCAUCCAUUGCCGGCAUCAAGUAUCCAAUUAGCAAGAUACUUCUGUCUUGAUGGCCCUUAUUCCUUUGUGUUACAUGUCUGAAACAUGGAUAUUCACUGGCAAAGAAAUUGUAGCAAAAAAAGCAAUAACUGAAUCAGAAUGAAAGAUUCCAAU